GGCCCGGGCCGGAGAUGGCGGCGGCGGCGGCGGGGGGCGGCGGGAGCGGCGCGGACGGGGACGGGGACGGGGGGAGCUCGGGCGAGGAGGACGCGGGCAGCCUGGCAGGAGAGAGCCGGUACCUGGCUGCGUGCCGGGCCUGCGGCGUGACCCCGGCCUCCGGCCUCCUGCGGCGCACACCGGGCCCCGCGCUCAGCCUGCGGCACCGUGGCCUGGGCCCGCGGGGUGCCAAGGCUUUAGCCCUUUCCCUGAUGGUGGAUACCUCUGUCCUCACCUUAGACCUGAGUGACAACUGGUUGCUGGGAGAAGGGGCAGCUGCUAUUGCAGAGAUGCUGAAAGAAAACUGCUACAUUUCAGCUGUUGAUUUAUCUGACAACAAAUUAGGCGUUGAAGGAGCUAAGGCCUUUUCCGCUAUGCUUCUAGAAAAUACUACAAUUGUGUCCCUCCAGCUCUCAGGAAAUGAAUUUGAUGACCAUGCAGCAAAAUAUUUAGCGGAUGCCAUCACAGCAAACAGCAAAGUGGAAAUUCUAGAUCUGAGUUACAACAUGUUUGGUGACAAAGCAGGUGAAGUUCUUGGAACGGCAAUAGCAGAAAACAUUGGAUUAAAGGAACUGAAAAUCAGCUGGAACCAUUUCCAUAGCCAGGGGGCUGCUGCCUUGGCCAAAGGCUUGGGGGCAAACAUAUUCCUCAAAGUGCUGGAUGUUUCCUUCAAUGGCUUUGGCAACAGUGGAGCAGCUGCCUUGGGGGAGGCUCUUAAAGCCAACAACGUGCUGGAAGAGCUCAACGUUAGCAACAACCGUAUUUCAGUGGAAGGAGCUCUGCACGUUGCAGCUGGCCUGAAAGAAAACAAGACUCUGAAAAGACUUAAUAUGACCAGAAAUCCCAUGCAGAGCAAAGGCUGCUGUGGGGUCGUUAAAGCUCUACAAGCAAAUUCUGGCACUGGCCUAGAGAUCCUGGACUUGCCAGACAUCCCUGUGAACAAAGAGCUUACAGAGCUGUGUGAUGCCGUGAAAAUACUUUUCCCAAAUCUUCUUCUCAGACAUGGUGAAAACACAAAGUUGCAGACGAAAAGUCCGUGGAAGAUUGAGCUUCGGACGCAGCCCAAAGUGGUGGGUAAUUCCCAGAAUGCAGUGGCUUAACACGUGUCUUUUUGGGGCUGCUUCUCCGGUGCCUCUGCCUAACACCCCAGUCCCACUCACCAAGCUUGUAACAUGAGGACGCCCCAGGACAGUGCUGACGGUAGGAUCUGUGGAAAUACUGGCUACUUCGUCAUUGCUGACACUUAGAAGUUUUUCUGUCUUUUCACUUUAAGAUUGCUGCUGCAACCAGCUCUGAGUCUCUUCCAGCACAUGUAAGAGAGUCAUAGAGUCAUAGAAUCACAGAAUGGUUUGGGUUGGAAGGGACCUCAAAGUCCAUCUAGUUCCACCCGCUGCCAUGGGCAGGGACACCUCCGCUAGCCCAGCUUGCCCAAAGCCCCAUCCAACCUGGCCUUGAACACUGCCAGGGAGCCAGGGGCAGCCACAGCUUCUCUGGGCAACCUGGGCCAGGGCCUCAGCACCCUCACAGGGAAGGAUUUCUUCCUCAGAUCUCAUCUCAAUCUCCUCUUUUUUAGUUUAAACCUAUUAUCCCUUGUCCUGUCACUACACUCCCUGAUAAACAGUCCCUUUAGGUAUUGGAAGGCUGCAAUUAGAUCUCCCUGGAGCCUUGUCUUCUCCUGGCUGAACAAGCCCAACCCUCUCAGCCUGUCUCCAUUGCAGAGGUGCUCCAGCCCUCGCAUCAUCUCCGUGGCCUCCUCUGGACUCGCUCCAACAGCUCCAUGUCCUUCUUGUGCUGGGGACCCCCGAGCUGGACGCAGCACUGCAGGGGGGUCUCAGCAGAGUGGAGCAGAGGGGCAGAAUCCCCUCCCUCGACCUGCUGGUCACGCUGCUGGGGAUGCAGCCCAGGACACAGUUGGCUUUCUGGGCUGCCAGCGCACAUUGCCGGCUCAUGUUGAGCUUUUCAUCAAUCAACACCCCCAAGUCCUUCUCAGUCCCAUGGAUGAGAGUCCCGGGGCUCCUUUUCAUCUUUGUGUGUAGGGCAUUUGUCUGGUGGAACACCAUGUGCUGUAGCUGCUGCUGGUGCUUGGAUCCAUAGCCCACUGCAGUGGGCUCUGUGCAGCCCAGGAGUGCACAUGUUAAGUAGGAAGCAAAGUCCUAUCCAGAGAUGUGCUGCGAACAAACACUUUCUGCCUUGGGCUGUUUCUCCGGUUACACAGCCCGGAUUGCCUUCCCUGAAUUGGCUGGCAGAUGCACCGGUGACCCAUUUUCAGCUGCUUCCUACCACAGUUCUUACGUGGAGCCCAUGCUCUCCAGCGUAGAGCCCGUGUCCUGGGUCAUGACUGGCGUUAUUUCCUGGACGCGCGCUCUUGCUUUGGUCAGUGUUACGUAGGAUGGAUGCUACAAGUUACUUGGAAAUAGGACAGGCACUCAGUGGUGGCUCAGCAAUGACAACAGCAAUUACAGAUGGGUUGUAACUCUUUUCCUCUCCCUGGGAUGUUUUCUGUGAUCCCAGUAUAAUCCAGUGGAUCCUCACUACACACUCUGGGACACCUGGGCACUGUGAUUCAGGGAGGGGGAAUUGUGAGCUCCUUGAGGAGCACUGGGCGGGAAUCAUGGCUGUGCUCUGAGCAGCCUGGCUUAACUCUGCCUCUCCUGGACUCUGAAGAAGUAGUUUCUCACAUUUUGGGAGAGAGGCUGAGGAUGGUCACACAAACAGCUCUGGAUGUCCAGCUUGGGCUGGAGGCGCUGGCAUCUCUGCCCCGCAGUCAGAGGGCAGCAAACCCUGGGGCGCUGCAGCGCUGUCUUCACCUCAUUGUGGCUGUACACAAAUAAUUGCCCUGAAGGUUGGCAGACGUCGUUUGUAAAGUGCGUGCAACAAUCUUGGCUUUAUCCGUGGCUCCAGCUGGGCGGCUUGCUGGUCUGUGCGCUGGUUUGGAUUUGCUGUUUUGCUGACACAGCAGCUGAGGAGGUCUGGGGACAGCCAGGCAGUGCUCUGCUGCGAGGCCGUGGUGACGCCUCUCCGGGAGGGCAGCUUGUGAAGGCAGGGGCCAAAAUUCAAGACGGUUUCUGCCAGUCUCCUUCCAGAGUAGCUGCCUGGUGCCCGAGUUUUGCCUUUUGCCUUUUUCCCUCGAACAGAAGCAUUGUAAUCCCCUUGCUCACUUUUGUAUUUCAUUUACCUAACAAACGUGCCUAUCAGUGAAAUUGCACUUGGUGUUAGUUCUCAGCAGAAGAUGAGGUUUGGCCUCUUAAUUUGAAAAUAACUCCAUGCAGUAAUGAUUUACCUAAUGGAGUCUGUCCUAUAAAUGUGCAAAUUAUUUUAUAAUGUGCAAAUUAUUUUACAGUUAUGUGUCUAAUAAAUAGUGUCUGUGCCUUGGACUCACAACUGUUUACACCAUUUGGAGAGGUCUCUUGCAUGUUGUGAGGUCUGUAAAUUUGGGUUGUUUCUAGAAAUUUCAGACCCAUCCUGACACCCCCUCGAUCUCUAGAUGAAAAAUUUGUGUAUCAUACACAGAAGCUGUUACAGGGCUUGAUAUUUGAGUAUAAGUACCUAUAUUUUAAAAUAUUUAGUCACC